AUGUGCGCGAAGCAGGGUCAAUGGCGACAUGUCGACACUUGUGCCAAUCCUGCUGACAUCGCAUCCAGAGGCGCGAAAGGCUCCGAAUUACACAAGUUGGAGCGAUGGCUCAACGGCCCGAAGUUUCUGUGGAUGGAAGAGGAAAAGUGGCCCGAACAACCGUCCCAGCUGCCGGAAUUGCCUCUGGAUGACACUGAAUGUAGGAAAUGCCCUGGUCGUGCGAAUGUCAUCGUCCGUGGUAAAAAUUUGGAACCGCUGCUGUCCCGCUUCUCAUCCUGGGACCGUCUUAGAAAUGCCAUAGCCUGGUUAGAACCUUUCAAGAAGUAUUUGGUUGGCCUCCUUAUCAAGGAUCCAGACAGCAUUCCCAAGGGACCCCUGACUGUGAGUGAAGUUAUUGCUGCAGAGAGUGUCAUCAUCAAAGCUGUCCAGCACGAAGCAUUUCCAGCGGAGCUGGCAGUGGUAGGCCAGAGAGCGUCUGGGAACCGGAAGAAGAGCGUACUUUUGUACUUGUCAGGGUUAACUCACAUAUUCCUAUGUAGUCUCUUAAAGUGUUCCUAG